GUUCUCCCGUCGCGUUCUACGGGAUAAUUACAGCACCCCUCGGAAGACCACGUGGAGUUCUGGCACCUUGACCGGGAGAGCGGCAGUGUAGGAGCGAUCCAUCGUUGUAAACGUAGAGCCGGAUUGCUCUUUUAGUUACUUGGUGCGACGAGUGCGAUGCCGGUGAACGAUGAAUGAAUGACUCGGAUUCCGAAAAGCACUUGGGGGCCGGAGAACGAAGCCAAAAAGGAAACGAGCUUGUGAUCAGCGGAGUCCGAGCAAGCCCGGGGCAACGCGGGUUACCGUAAGCAACGGGGCGAAUGAGGUGGCCGGCGAGCUUCUUUCGGUUCAGAGAAGAUUGAUGAGCUUCACGUCGUUAAUCCUGCUAGGAAUCAGGCCUGCUGGCUCUAGCUAGGGCGCCCUGAUGGAUGAAGAACCGAAUAGUGCAGUGUAUAAGAACCUGGUGUGGAUUGUUUCCGAGUUCAUCCCCAGAUGUUUUCCUUAGAGAGGAGUUCAGUCGGUGCCGGUGCCUCCUCUUUUGAUAUUUCCAGUCCAGAUGACUUGCUGCCAGUUCGCUGCCCGGAUUUUCCUUUUGAAUGUCAGAAUUCUCCACUUGAGGAAGCUGUCAAUUUUAGGAAGAGAAACUUGGAGCCGGGAGCCUAUCAGGUUCCUGUUUCGCCGGGUACACGGCUGGUUCCCUUCCAAAGCCUUGCCAAAGAUCACUUUAGCAUCCUGGGGGAUUGGAGGGUUGUUUGGGGGUGUGAGAUGUGAAGGUGUACCCAGUGAACGAAACUGUAUAAAACUGGAUGUACACAUUAAGGAUGGUGGACCUUCAAGUAGUUUCUCCCGGCGUAUUGUGGUAGCCGUUUCCCUUGCCAUUCGAAUCUGUGUUCUUUUGCUGAAGUUCGGCCCUUUGCUUUGGCUUUACCCCGUCACCUAUCUGUCUUCUGGUUUUGCAUCCUUCUGGUUCCAUCUUCUGCUAAAGGCUACAGAAUCUGCUGGCCCUACUUACAUUAAGCUGGGCCAGUGGGCAAGCACAAGGCGAGACCUCUUCUCGGAGGAGUUCUGCACCAAGUUCUCCAAACUCCAUAUCAAGGUGGACCCUCAUCCUUGGAACUACACCCAGUGUUCUUUGUACGAAGCAUUUGGGGAAAGGUGGGGACAGAUCUUCCGGUUUGAAAGCCAGGAGCCUAUUGGUUCUGGCUGUGUUGCCCAGGUAUAUAAAGCGUAUGUGGACAGCUCUGCCCUUGAAGAGCCACUACUUAAAAAUCUCUCAAAGAAUUCAGCACUGGAUUCUGCUUUGGAAGCCUGGCAGGUGCAUGGGCUCCGAGGUCUCUUUGGUUGGCUUUGGAAGAAAAAACACGAGAGGGCUUCCGAAGCAGAUGGUGCCCAUUAUUUACUUCAUGAAGAUGACCACCAUGGAAGCGAUAAUCGGAGUAAACGUUCUCCCGAGCAAAUGUCCAGAUAUCCCAGCAAUCCUUUACAUUCCCCCCCAAAGAACCUGUUUGUUCCAGUAGCCAUUAAAGUGCUGCAUCCUGGAUUAGUUCAUCAGGUUGAAAUGGACCUGUUUCUGAUGAAAAUAGGUAGCCGAUUCAUUGAGCUUUUUCCUGGACUCAAGUGGCUCAGUCCAACUGAGAUCGUGGAGGAGUUUGGAAAACUCAUGACUCAGCAGAUUGAUCUGCGCUUUGAAGCAAGAAACCUGGAGCGUUUCCACCUGAAUUUCCAAGAUGUGGAUUCUGUGAAGUUCCCCGUUCCGCUUCGCCCUUUUGUAACAAGAAACAUCCUAGUGGAGACGUUUGAGGAAAGCAAACCAGUAUCUCAGUAUCUGCACGCCAACAUCAAAAUGGCACUGCGGCAGAAGUUAGCCAAGAUGGGUAUGGGCAUGCUCCUAAAGAUGGUGUUUGUUGAUAACUUUGUCCAUGCUGACCUGCACCCAGGGAAUAUUCUAGUCCAGGGGGCAGAAGGCUUUCGUGAUAACCUUGAGGCCCGAACUACCAUGGUGGACCUGUUUGACACACUGAUUGUGGAAGUGCAACCUGCACACUCCCCACUCCGACUGGUGCUUCUGGAUGCAGGAAUCAUUGCAGAAUUGCAGAGUCGUGACCUUGAGAACUUCCGGGCUGUCUUUACAGCUGUGGUACUAGGACAGGGGGAGAGAGUGGCAGAGUUAAUCCUUCAUCACUCCCGAGCUAACCAGUGCAAGGAUGUGGAGAGAUUCAAAGCUGAAAUGGCAGAGCUGGUGAUGAAGGCCAGGAAUAACACCAUAGCCCUGGGAAAGCUCCAAGUAGCGAGCCUGCUGUCCAGUGUCUUCAGGUUACUAAUGACCCACAAGGUGAAGCUGGAAAGUAACUUUGCCUCUGUUGUCUUUGCCAUUAUGGUGUUGGAAGGCCUUGGCCGCUCGCUGGACCCUGAAUUGGAUAUCCUGAACGCAGCGAAACCGUUUCUCAUCAAACCUCCAAGUUCCCUCCUGGAGUAGUAGUUAGGCUUCUCGGUGAUGAGCCGCUUGUAUGUGUGGUAUAGAAGCUGGAAAUGGUCUGAAAAUGGAAGGCAUUGCUGAGGCCCGUCUAGAUAGGCAAUAUGCCGGUGCUGAAAUCUUCCCCCUGGAUCCAGAUUUUUGGAUGUAAUCCUGGAGGUGAUUAGCAUAGCGCUUUAUAAAAAAGGGUCAACCAAAACAAAGGGUCCGUUUUUUAGCUCUCUGUUAUCCGUGGUAGAUUGUCAGUUGGUCUAAAACCAUUGGGAAACUAGAAAGUUAAAAAUUCUGUUGUGGCACUCCAUUUGGCUUUAAUUACAAAGCAGCUAUUUCUACCAACCUUAGAGAACAAGUAAUGGAAAUACUUUUUUUGACAUAUGCUGUUGAUGAAUGUACUUUUAACUGCAACCAUUUAUCUUGUGGAAGAGGGGAUGUAUUAAUAAACUGUUUAAAAUGGGAAGAAGCUUUCUGUGUGGGUGGUGCUGGGUAGAUGGGGACAGCAGCAGGGCAGAGUUUCCAGGAUGCUCCACAUUUUAGGCUGCCUUGACAAGUGAUCUUGCCUCUUCCCGAAGCGUUGCUGCAGCCUGAACCAUUUCAUUCACACUUCCAUUGUUACAUUUCCCGCAUUGUUUAUUUUGAAUUGUGAAAUGUUCUUGCCAUUCAAGGUUUCCCUCGUCCCUCAACAUACCUCAGGUCAGUCCGGUGUAGCAAUUAAGAGUGUUGGACUGGAACCUGGGAGACAUAGUUUUGAAUUCCCACUCUGUCACGGAAGCUCCUUGGGUGAUCUUGGACUAGCCAUAUAUUGUCAGCCUAACCCACCUCACAGGGUUGUUGUGAGGA